CCCCCCCCCCCCCUCUUUCCAAUGGCGGAUGUUGGGCCUGUCCCUUCUCCGAAUCCGGAUCCCGAUCCCACCGCCGGUUUCCGGGGCCCUCUGCCUGGCGUGUUGUAUGUGGGUUUCCUGCCCCCGGGCCUCGGGCCUAAACAGCUCCGGAACAUGAUGUCGGUGUUCGGGGAAGUCGGCAGGGUCUUCAUCCAGGAGAGAGAUCAAUGGAGGACCUGGAGGAAGAAGAAAAGCAGGAACAGAUGGAAGGGUCAAGCUGAAGGUUGGGUGGAGUUCCAGAACAAAGCUAUUGCCAAGAGAGUGGCUAGAAGUCUCCACAACACACCAAUCGGCACCCGGAAGCGUAGCCGUUUCCGUGAUGUCUUGUGGAAUAUAAAGUAUCUGCACCGUUUCAAGUGGAUUCACCUGAGUGAACGACUCGCUUAUGAGAAGCUGGUCAGGCGACAGAGAAUGCAGGCAGAGGUGUCCCAGGCCAAGCGUGAGACCAACUUCUUCCUCCAAAAUGUGGAGAAGAGCAAAGGCCUGGACAAACUACAAGAGAUGAAGAGGAGGAACGGACAAGAGUGGCAAGAGAAGAGCUGGCAUUUUAAGCAGCGGGAGACCGAGAUAGAGAUCCAGGCCAGCAAGGCUGCCAGCCGCAAGAGAAAAGCCCAUGAGCUUGGCAAGACAGCCGAGAUCCAUGACAAAUCCCAGUCCAAUGUUGCACUGCUUGCCAAGAUCUUCAACCCUUCAGCUGAACAGGAUUAGGCUCUUGCUGGCAGCCAGGAGUGGUAGACUCUGUCCCUAAGUUGGGGGGACACACAGAUUGUGCUCCCUCAGGCAGUUGGGAAGGGUCUACAGUGCUGAUAAGGAGACUGUACCUCACUGCAGCUUGUUGCACGUGUAGCAAUUAUUUGCCCAGCUGGAAAAGGUUGGCAGGUCUAGAUUCUGCUGUUUUGUGGCCCUGUCACUCCUGGACAGUGUAUAGGGAUAGGACUCCAUCCUUUAGAUGACCUGAUACUCCACCAAGUCAUGAUUUGACCCCAUGAAUGCGUCUAGAACAGAACAGAACAGAUGCUAUGUGGCCAGGAUUGGGGCACUGGGGAAUUGUUUCUUCCACUGACUUUUUUAUUUUGUACAGUGUUUGGGCUUGCCAAUAAACCUGAUGUUAAAUCUGC